AUGUCGAUGUUGAAGCAGUACCGCCAUCGUGGUGAAAUCAAGACCAUACCUUACUCCCCUUCAAGCCCCCCUCCUUCGCCUGAGCUCAAGAUACUAUUGGACUUAUCCGCAUCACCCAGGUUCUACGAACACCUGCAAAAAGACCACUCCUCUGUCUUUAAACAGGAGGCAGACGCACAGAGAAAGUUGUUCAGUGCUCAGGAGGCCCGGCUGCAGCGCCAAAUCGAUCAGCUGGUAUCCAGAUUCAGGGAUCUAGAAGCCAGAAACAAGGUGAAAGAAGCCAGAGACAAGGUGAAAGACCGAGAGAUUAGUAAACUAGCAGCCAAGGUCGAGGCGAGAGAGCGUGAACUGGAUGAGCAACUUCGGUAUGAGGUUGCGGACCGUUUCUGCCGAGGUUUGGUGGAUAUGCUCUGCAACAAGCUAGACAAGUUACCAGAUCUACUCUCCGAUCUAGCAUCUGAACUUCACAGGCCAGCAUUGAGAUAUAGUACGCAAAUUCCAGCGGCAAUUGUCUUCUACCAAUUUUCGGAACAUGUCCACCAGCUGAAUGUAUCCAUCCUCGGGGACAUCACGCCUAGAGCCAGGACGAUUCUUACUGAGCUCGAUACCUUCAUGAGCGGUCCUUGCGGCGAUGACCUCCGUCUUCUGAUUCAUCUUUGGGCGGUCCGUGCAGGUCUGGGCAGCACACGGAACCUGUUAGCGCACCCGGUCCCCGAUUCCGCAUUUGCGUCAGAAAUGCUUCACGAAUUCAUCUCCGACCCGGAACAGCAAGCCCUGAUGGAACGUAUCUUGCCUUCUCUGAUUGAAGAUGUCGGCGUCAGCGAAAACAUCAAGUACUUUGACGGUGCUGGCUCGCGACGGCCGGAUGCCCUCGCGAAUAAUGAGUUCCUACCUCUGGGCUCAGAUCCUAAGGCGCUUCGAACUAGGCCACAGGAUAUUGUGCAGCAGGUUGUCACGGACUGCUCUGUGUGCGCAUCCCUAUCCAUAGUCAUUGAUGAUAAGCUGCCCUACCACCCCACCCUCUCUUCUUUGAUGUGCAUGACCUGUCGCGUCCAAGAAGGCUCAGAUCCACAGAGGUCGGUGAUUUGGCCGAGUCUCAUCGAGAAAGCCUACAUGAAGUUAAUGGGAGGAUACGAUUUCCCUGGAUCAAAUUCCUGCAUCGACCUUCACAUUUUUGGCGGGUGGAUUCCCGAGCAGCUAGAUAUUCAGAGCUAUGCAGUAAUAGACGUCGAGGAAAAUGACAAAGAGCGAGUAUUAACCGUUUUGGACCCGUGGAUAUCCCCAGAUGAUGAUAAGCAGGAGACAAGUUGCACGCGUCAAUUCAGAGCCAACUUCAGCGUUACGGACGGUGCAGUCAACGAGGAUGAUGAGAUCUGGGUCUUAUUAACGCGACACCUUUCAACGAGCCGGGAGACGUCUGAAUUCAUAGCUUUACAAGUGGAAACAGAUGAUGACAACAUCAAGGUUUGCGAUAACAGCCUACUCUCCGCAAAGGGAGUGUACACAAAUAGCACACAUGUACUGGUCAAAUCUAGAAUUUCCAAGAAUCAACCUUCUGGAACUUUGGUUAUACUUGCCUCGUACGACGGGAAGUCUCAAGAUGUCGGUUUUACGUUGACUGUGUAUGCCCGUUCUGCUAUCACGGUCUCAUGGGAUACCAAUGUUCCGAUACCGCCGUUCACGACAGAGAUUGACAGCUCAUUCACCCAGAAGAAUGCGGGAGGCAAUUCCACGUUUCCGACGUAUAUGGUCAACCCCCAAUAUCAUCUACAAAUUCACCCCAUGGCGCAUAUUCGGAGUAAAUCCAAAGUCAGCUUGACCAUGCAUACAGCCAAAGAUUUGCCUGUCAAUAUAACGGUUGUGUGGUCUCAGGGUCAGCGGGUAUUUGAGCUGGCUGAGAAAGACGUCGUCUCCAGCUCGGGUGCUUACAGCUAUGGUUUAGCCAGGCUUUCGCAAGAACUGGGAGCUGGGGACUACAACGUCAUACUCUCGACCCUCGAGCCGGACAAGACUGGCCCAUAUCACUUGAAGGUCGAGAGUACUUCGCGGUUCGAUCUGACUCCCAUUCCACAGGAAUGCGUCGGGAUGUACAGCAGGGUUAUUCGUGGAGCGUGCUGCUCAGAUAAAAGUCCGGCUACAGCUCGUUCGGCCUUCUCCAGUUCUCCGCUUAACGUCACCAUAUACCCCGCCGACGCAUCUGAAUAUACCGCUUCACAUCUAGCUACGUCUGGCGCAUACGACGAUGCUAUCUCUGGCGUCGUCACACCUCAGAUAUCCCUCAACCGAGGGAAAUACUGGAUCAUACCCUCGACGUUUAAUCCGGGAAUCGAAGCUGCGUUCUAG